AUGUCUUCACGUCCACCUACACCACCCGGAAGACCGCGCACACCCACCAAACCAUUGACUCCACCACCUCCGUCUUCGUUGGCAGUACAACCACCACCACCACAACUACAAAAAGAUGUUCCUACUAGCACAGAACAACAACAACAACAACAACAACAGCCAUUAGAGAAUACCGAUACCAAACCACAGUCGACGACAAUGGCGAGUAAUCAACAAAUCCUUCCAUCAUCUCCAUCCGACAAAGGAAGCCUUGGAGAACCUUCCUCCGCCUCGGAUAUUACCAUGACAAACAUCAUGACCACGAAGCCGCCAUCCACCACCACUACGUCAAAGCCUGCAGCACCAGCAGUAGCUACCAGCAGCAAUCUACCCCCAGCUACUCCUGUUUCACCACCGACAACAAUACCAAACAACAACAACAACCGAAACAACCAACACUUUGGCACCUGCGAUACUUGUGGGAUUCCCACUCAUCGAAACCGUGGAAUGCUUGGUUUGUGGAAAAAAGAUGUCUUUACCAAUGAACAAGUCUAUCAAGGAACUUGCAUUCGAUGUCAUGGAGAAUUGGUACCACCAAAUGUAUUUCUAGAAUGGUAUCUGCAAAAGCGAAGAACAUCCUCCCGCAAUAAGAACGAUCCAAAGAGCAGCAGCAUCAGUGGUGGUGGACCAUCACCACAGGAUGAUGCUCUUCCAACAACAACAACGACGACGACGAAUUUCAACACGCCAGCACCCUCUGGUCUCACGACGAUAUCCAAUCCGACCCCAGGAAUGCCCAACAAUAUCCCUGGAACAUUAAUGUUCCAGCAGACUCCAUCUCCUUCUUCGGCUACGACACCAGGAGGAUGGUCCAGCAUUCAAGUUUCGGCGAGCAGUGGAGAAAGCACCCGCGUUUACGAACAAGGCUUUCAACGACCCAAAAAGAAAAUGGCAAAGAAUAGUCCCAACAAUAAGGGCACAUCCCAACGAUUUUCGUUUGCGGGGAUUGAAAAUGCCGACAGUCCUACCGAACAAAAGGCGUUGCGAGCAAAAUACGACCGGGUAUUUCAAUUGUUGCAGUCCUGUCGGACCGAUCUCUAUCGACCGACCACGGACGAAUUGGAUCGAUUGCGAUUGACCGAAGAAGAUUGGAGAAGCAUUGUACUAAUAUCGAAUAUCGAUGUGGGAUGUCGACUAUUGCAUUGGGCACUAGUCUUCAAGGCACCCUAUCCCACCAUUCGAUUUUUGUUGCAACGAGACGUGGAAAGUAGUUGGACGGUACAACAUGCCGAUACUUUGGGAAGUUUGCCUCUGCAUUAUGCCUGUCGCUAUGGGGCUCCCUUGGAAGUCUUUGAACUACUACUAAGAGAAGAUCAAGGAGACGAAAAGAAGACCAUUAUUCAUGUUGACAAACAAGGAUGGAUGCCACUUCACGUUGCCUGCCAAUUUAAUUGCAACACCAACAUCAUCAAACUUCUUCUGGAUCAAGAUCCACAACAAAAGGAGAAACGAUCCGUCACACAUCGGGACAACCAACAGUAUUUGCCAAUUCAUUUGGCACUGGAGCGAAACGUUCCUACCAAAACGUUGGAAUUGUUAUUGACGGCAGACACGCAGCGAAAAACCAUACACGGUCCGAGUCCAUCGGGGUUCACCACGAUUGCAGACUUUGCCAUGAAAUAUGAUUACCAAUCCUUACUUUCCGAAAAUAGUACAAAACUGUUGAAUUUUGUGGUGGAUGAAAUGAAUAUUCAUACGGCGUGCCGAUUUGGUGUUCCGCUCGAGACGAUCAAGCUUCUGCUGGAUAUGGAUUCCAAUCAGAGCAUUUACAAGAUUGAUGAAGAUGAGAACCUCCCACUUCACUGUGCCUUGGAUGGAACGGCAGCUCUGGACGUCAUUCGACACUUGAUUCGAAUGGACACCUCCAAGUCUACGCUCCAUCAAAAGAACAAGGAUGGAUCGACACCGCUAUUGAAGAUUGCUCUAAGAGAAGAUGCAAUGGCGAUACUGUCUGGAUUUCCAUCACUCAUUCAGGAAGCGGAAGCCAUAAGUAUCGUCGAAGAAAUGAACCUGGCUGUCAAGAUGAAGGUCGAUGUUAGUUUGGAACUACAAAUGAAACACACCAAGCUUGUCAAUACAAUUUGGCAGAGAAGAGACUUUGAGAACCGACCAUCUAUCGCAGAAUUGACCAGCCUCGGCUAUUCGGAAGAAUUCUGGAGGCGAGUGGUUUUGAUUGAAGACGAAGACACUGGAUGGUUGCCACUGCAUUGGGCGCUGGCCUUUGGAGCACCGCCUUCGACUAUUGGCUUUUUGCUGGAAAAGGAUUAUGAACAGCAUAGCAUUCGUCAUGGCAAUCUAUCAGGAAGCUUGCCUAUUCACUUUGCUUGCCUACAUGGAGCACCAUACGAUAUAAUCCAAGGCCUUCUUGAUAAGGAUGUUACCCGCAGCACGAUUCAUGAAAAGAACAAUGCUGGCAAGCGACCACUAGACUUGUUGCCGAGGAAUUCCGAUAUCAUUGCCAACCUUGUCAAGGAUGCUCGGACAAUGGAUAUGCAACCGGAGACUCUAGACUUUUUCUUCCAAUCCGCCCCACCCUCAUUGUUAAAAAGGGCCAUCAUGGAUACCUUGGAGAGUGGCACGGGAGGCACCAGUCCGCUCGAGUGGAUGAACUACGGUUUUUGUCAGGAUUCUGCCAUGAUCUCAAUUAUGCUGGAAUUCUACUUGCUGAUAACUUGGAUUGCUGCAUUUGUGUAUGCGUCCGUGUGCUACUUGCUGGAUGGGUACUUGCCGGAAUCUCUUGGAAUCAUGCUACCCAUCCUUACUGUCUUGGUUCUAACAGUCAAAUUCCGGUGUGCGUACAAUUCUGACGAUUUUGACUCGUUCUUUUCCAAUAUCAAGAAUGUUUGGAACUUUUGUGCCAUUGCUCUGGUGUUUGCCUCUGCUAUUGCGCUGAACUCGGCGACACCCAAACAUGAUUGGCGUCCGCUGAUAAUUGCCACUGGAACCUUUCAAAUUGGUACUCUUCUGAUAUCCUUGAAACGAACUUUCUACUCGCUCUCAACACUUUUGGGAGCCGUCUAUCAGAGCUUUUGGAAGCUGGUUCCAUUCUUUUUCAUCACGGGAAUUGUCAUUGUGGCAUUCGCAUUCUUUUUCUUCGUCAAUCGCUACAAUACGGACUUGGAUAUCGAUUUGGAGCAUCAGACUCUGGUUGGAUCCUUGACUUUUGUAUUUCACAUCAUUGUUGGAAGACCUGACGAGACCUUGGAUUGGCUGGAUGCGACCUUUUCGAUUCUGACGAUACUAGUUCUUUUGAACGUUGCGAUUGCUAUUGUCACUCAGAACUGGCAGGUAUCAACUUCGAGAGCGUCAAACCAAUUUUGGGUCGACCGCCUAGACGCCAUCAUAGAAUACCGAAGCCGUGGGACUCCAUCUCCGAACCCAGCAAAUAGGCUGUGGGAACAUGUUACCGCUUCCUUUCAUGAUGGUCGCCAGCACGAGUCUCUGUUUGACAAGUCGCGAUUCUGCAUCCUUUACCUUGACUUCUUUCUGGUUGGUCUGGCAACUUGUGGAUACCUAUGGCCACAAGAGAUUCGAAGGGACCUUUUCUAUGCUCCUCUGAACCUCGGAUCCACUGAUGGGAACCAAGAAAUGGAUUUGGUUGCAAUGCUAGAACGAAAGAUUCAGUUGCUGGAAGAGAACAUGGAGUGGAAUCAACGGUUGAUGGAUAGGAAAAUGCAUGAAGAGUUUGAUGAUCUGAAGUCGCUCCUUGUAGGCCUUCAAGAUAACAGCGCCAAAAAGCCCUCGAAGUUAUCAGGUAGCGGCAACUCUGCUCGCGUAGACAUGUCCGGAAAGCCACAACCGUUUCCACCAACCGAAAUAUUAGUAGCCAAGGCCUAA